AUGCGUAUCUCCGGAGGCCCCACCGCGGUGCCCGCGGACAACUCCAGCCAGUGGUGGCCUCUGUCCGCUGGUGGUGCCAACCGCAGCCGGGAAGCGGAGGCGCUCGGGGAAGGCCGCAGCCCACCGGGGGACGUGCGCGACGAGGAGCUGGCCAAGGUGGAGAUCGCCGUGCUGGCUGUGACUUUCGUGGUGGCCGUGCUAGGUAACAGCAGUGUGUUGGUGGCGCUGCACCGCACGCCUCGCAAGACGUCCCGCAUGCACCUCUUCAUCCGUCACCUAAGCCUAGCCGACCUGGCUGUCGCUUUCUUCCAGAUGCUGCCGCAGAUGUGCUGGGAUAUCACCUACCGUUUCCGCGGACCCGACGUACUGUGCCGCGUGGUGAAGCAUCUGCAGGUGUUUGGCAUGUUCGUAUCGCCCUACAUGCUGGUGGUCAUGACCGCCGACCGCUACAUUGCCGUGUGCCACCCGCUGAAGACGCUGCAACAGCCAACGCGCCGCUCGCGCCUCAUGAUCGCUGCUGCCUGGGUGCUGAGCUUCGUGCUUAGCACGCCUCAGUACUUCGUCUUCUCCAUGGUCGAGGUGGACAACGUCACCAAGACCAUUGACUGCUGGGCCACCUUCAUCCAGCCCUGGGGUCCCCGCGCCUAUGUGACUUGGAUGACGGGUGGCAUCUUCGUGGCGCCUGUGGUCAUCCUGGGCACCUGCUACGGCUUCAUCUGCUACCACAUCUGGAGCAAUGUCCGCGGAAAGACGGCUUUGCGCCCGGGGAAGCGCGCGGAGGGCGCGGGUCGCGCCUUGCAUAAGGGGUUCCUGCUCGCGCCGUGUAUCAGCAGCGUGAAAGCCAUUUCCCGUGCCAAGAUCCGCACCGUGAAGAUGACUUUUGUGAUCGUGACAGUUUACAUCGUUUGCUGGGCGCCCUUCUUCAUCCUCCAGAUGUGGUCUGUCUGGGAUGACAAACUUGUCUGGGUCGAAUCAGAAAACCCAGCCAUCACCAUCACUGCACUAAUGGCCUCCCUGAAUAGUUGUUGCAAUCCCUGGAUCUACAUGUUUUUCAGCGGCCAUCUCCUGCAAGACUGUGUCCGGAGUUUCUCAUGCUGCCAAAGCAUGAAGCAAACAUUCAACAAAGAAGAUUCUGACAGUGUGAGCAGAAGACAGACUUCUUACACUAACAACCGAAGCCCAACCAACAGUAUGGGUACAUGGAAGGACUCGCCUAAAUUUUCCCAGUCCAUCAAAUUCAUUCCUGUUUCCACCUGAGCCCAC